UGUAAGAAGUGCCAUUACACCAGUCACCGUGAAAAGCUGUACGAGGAAGUCAGUCGAUCAGGAAGGGACGGAGAGCCGCACAGCUUAAUGUUGCCAUGGCUGUCGGCCACUUGGGUACCAGCCUUAUAACAGAGGGUAUGCGUGGAAUGCUUCUUGGCGCAAACAUCGAACCAGCAUCAGCCACCAACACUCAUCAGACCUGCAACAAAGUAGGCAAAAUCGUCACUGAUGUGAACAAAAAUAGCAUGAAGAAAAUAAGGCAGGAGAUUCAAGAGCUUAACGAGAAAUGUGGACUUGCCAAUACACCUAUAAGAGCGGAAGGAGAUGCCCGGUAUAACAAUGCCACCUUCAGUGCGAUAGGGAGAACAUUCCAAGCUGCCACACAAGUGCCAUACACGUUAAGUGAAAAUGUUACCAAGAAGAACAAUGUUGUGGCAGUGUUUUGUGGCAAUAAACUGAUCAAGAAAGGCACCUAUCUUAGAGCCAAGGGAAAGGAAGUUACCUGCCCCGGACAUGAAGGCUGCACUGCAACCAUGCUUCCAGAGACCACCAUUGGAGACGAAAACAGAUGGGCUGCGGAAUGCAUCGGUGAGCUGCAAAGUGAUGACCGUCCACUCAUCAUUUCCCAUUUCACCAGUGAUGGAGAUAGUGCUGCUGCUUCCGGUGCAUCAGAAAAGCAAGGGCAUAUGAUUGAAAACCUCAAAGACCUGCGCCACUUCUUUGACUCUCAGAGAAAACAGACUGAUAAAGCUCCAUUCAGCAGUCACAUGUUUCCUGGAAGAACAAAAGCUAUGAGAGAAUCCAUGCAGAGGAGAUUUGCCCUGGACCUGAAGCUUAAUUGCAGGACCGAGUACGAAAACUGCUACAAACACUACUCCGGUGAGAUACCUUUGAUGAAACGGGCCAUGUCAACCGCUGUCCGUUCCAUCAUCAGCUGCUACCAAGGACAGUGCGGAAAGUCCUUCCUUCUCCUGUCGCGGACUCAAAAACAACAAGUGGAACUCUUCAGUGUUGCCUCGUUACUUUGAAUUAAGCAUGACAGAAGAAGACAUGUGCUUGUUAAAAGACUGUAUAAAUCUGACUUUGGGACCUAAUAAUCUUGAUAGAAAUAAAUAUCACACUUGUUCACAAAAAUCUGAAUCUGUUAAUAGGGCAUAUUUAAUCAAAUCCAAAAUGUAUUACAAGUAGUAGAAAUUUUGGAAGUAGAAUACAUAAAGUUGUGCACUCACUCAA